AUGCUUCCGUCGUUCAUGGUCAAGCUGUUUUGGAAAAAGAUGGGCGAGGUGGCGGAGGGAGUAGGAGUAGGAGGGGGUGCCGAACACGAAGGAGGAGGCGAGGGGACGCCACGCGUCGUGGUUGAGUAUGAAUACGAGGAGGAGGAGGAGGAGAUCGAGGAGGAUACAUCGACGCAAGCUCAGCACGGGGCGAGCGGCCCGGGCGGCGAUGCGAACGAGCACGAGGGCUCGAGCUCGGAAUCGAGCUCCGGCUCGAGCUCGAGCGAUGAGUCGCGGGUGGACGAGCGGGUGAUGCUUGUCGAGCAGCAGGCGACGGGGGACAAUGCGGUUGUCGAGGAGCAGGAGGGCGAAGCGGGGGCUGUCGAGGAGCAGGAGGGCGGAGCGGCUGUGCACGAGGGUGGGGCAGGAGUGCAGCAGCAGGAGGGCAGGGCGGCUGUGCAGGAGGGUGGGACAGGAGGGCAGUAG